UUCACAAUCAAUUCGAUGCUUGGACAGCAGUCUCAGUUAUUCCCGGUUGGAUACGGGAAGCAACAGUUUGCGAACGUGUUCCCUAACCCCAUUCGCUUGGCACUCAAAGAAACGGCGUCUCCUACUCAGCUCCCUGUGGAGGCUAGAGAUUCCCAACUGGCAAGUGAGGUUGACCCCGUCGUUCACCUGGAAGGCAAGGAACUGUGGGGCCAGUUUCACAAAAGCGGCACAGAGAUGGUCAUAACAAAGUCUGGAAGGCGAAUGUUUCCAGCAUUCAAAGUGCGCUGCAGCGGAUUUGACAGAAACGCGAGGUACAUGCUGCUAAUGGAUGUAGUCGCGGCUGAUGACUACAGAUACAAGUUUCACAACUCCCGCUGGAUGGUGGCUGGCAAGGCCGAUCCAGAAAUGCCGAAGCGAAUGUACGUCCAUCCAGACAGUCCUGCAACCGGGGAGCAAUGGAUGUCCAAAAUUGUGACCUUUCAUAAACUGAAACUGACGAACAAUAUAUCUGACAAACAUGGAUUUACAAUUUUAAACUCCAUGCAUAAAUAUCAGCUGAGGUUUCAUAUUGUUCGAGCCAACGACGUCCUCAAACUUCCUUACAGUACAUUCAAAACCUAUGUGUUUCCAGAGACAGAAUUCAUCGCUGUGACAGCAUACCAAAAUGAAAAGAUAACUCAGCUGAAAAUCGAUAAUAAUCCAUUUGCGAAAGGAUUCCGUGAUACCGGGAAUGGGAGACGAGAGAAAAGGAAAAAAAUGUUGAAUCAGUGCUGUGAAGAUAUGGAACCGAAAAAAAGAAUCGUAUUGGCGGACCAAAGUUCCUCGAAUUACUUAAUUCAAGAACCCAAUAUCGUGACAUCAACCUCAACAGAUGCUAAUGAGAGUAACCUUGAUGAAGAUGGAGAAGAGGAGAGGAAUGGAGAAGCCAAGAACUCAGUUUCCACGGAUGACCAAAGUUCCAGAGAAAUCUCAACAACAGUACAGGAACCAAAGAACGAAUCAAAAGUGGACAAACAUAAAGAUAGGAAUGUAGAAAUCAAUAACAGGGAAAAGCUUGGUGAGGAGAGUGCUGAAAAUGAACCAUUUGAAAACAGAAAUGGACAACAACACAAGUUUAAAGCAGAUGAGACUGAGGGUUUGCUCUCUCGGCACUAUUACGUCCCUACACCAGGCCUAAUACAUUCUCUGAGUAUGCCACCACAUUUCUUGUCAAAUUUAUGUCAGUUUAAUUAUGCUGGAACCGAACCACUUUUGGCAUCUGAAGCAACAGGUCCUUGGCUAUUCAGAAAGUCGAAGGAAGAGGAGGGCCAAGGUUACACCUCAGGAGUCUCAUCCUCACAACAAGGACCCAUUGGUAUGCCAGAUUUAUCACCCAGCUUUCAGAAGCAUAGAAUAACCUCUCAGGGUGUGCUUGUUUGGGCACAUGGAAGUAUCUUACCUUAUCCACAGAAUUACAUGGCCACAUCUUCUUCCAACUCCUCUGGGGUAUCAUACCAGGUUCACCAUCCUAAUAUUCUCAAUGUGAGCUACCGACCUCAAUGCAGAACCUACCCUCUACCAAUGUGGGCGCAUGGCCGAAAAAUGUCACAAACCUCAUCAGAUUGUGAAACUGAUAAAAACAAGCAUGCUGUUACUGCAGCUCCUGGAUCACCUGUGGUUACAUCACAACAUGAUCAUGAUCAAAACACACUAUGUCGGGAUCUGUAG